AUGACGACGGUUAACAGCACGGCUACCACCGGCCCAGCGGCACCCGCGGCUGCAGUGGCCUACAAGGACGGCGUGCUGACUGUCUCGGAGCACCGCAUCCGCGAGGAUGAGAUUCUGUUCAUCGUACGCCACCAACAGAAUGCAAACCAACCCCAAGAGUACCAUGUGUGCUGGCUGCGCGAGCCAGCAGCCCCCGCUGCGGGCACAGUGUCUACUUCAUCGAGCGACGAAGCUCAACAACCGCCACCACCUCGUCCUUUUGCUUUCCACACGACUGUGCUCGAUGAAUCAGCCGCACACAAGCUACCAGCCGACGUGCUGAGGCGGCACCUUCUGGCCGACAUUGCCCCCAUUUUCAGAGAGGACACUACGGUCCCGUCUACCUCUCCCUCUUCUUCUUCCUCAUCCGCGUCCGCUUCCUCGUCCCUACACGUGAUCGUCUCGACGCUGUCCGGGCUAGGCCAGGCGCAGGCGUUCUACGAUGAAGUCUUGAAGCCGCUGCUGGGCGUGUUCGGCCUCACGGCCGUCUCCGGCAGCGGUAGCGAAAAUGUCCCAGAGGGCCAGAAAUCAUACAAUUUGCUCGUAACGAGUAGCUCACGCUCCAUCGCGGAGUUUGCUCAGACGCUCCAAAAGUCGCCUGCGAGCGGCACAGAUGCACCACCUACGAUUGUCCUCCUGAGUGGAGAUGGCGGCGUUGUGGACUUGUUAAACGGUGUGGCCAUGGAGAGCGACGACAUCGAUCCUCGGCAGCUCCCGGCUAUUGCCCUGCUGCCGCUUGGCACCGGAAAUGCGCUGUUCCACUCCCUGCAUCGGCCGGACUACCUUGCUGCUGCUGCUUCCGCCGCUGCCACGGGGCCGUCGUCGUUUGUCCUUGGUCUGCGUUCUCUCGUCAAAGGCCGUGCCGCAACUCUUCCCAAUUUUGAAGCCCGUUUCUCUCCCGGCUCGCACACCGUCAGCUACUCGCUGCAGGAGGAGGCAGGCCAAGAGGCCGCGCUCAAGGAGCAGGCCGAGAACGUCGAGCUAUUGCGCGGCGCUAUCGUCGCCAGCUACGGCUUCCAUGCCCAACUUGUCUGGGAGAGCGAUACGCCCGAGUACCGCAAGCACGGCGACAAGCGCUUCGGCAUGGCCGCACAAGAGCUGCUCAAGACGUCGCAUGCCUACGAUGCGGAUGUCACUCUCACUGAGAUUGAUAAGGACGCAUCGCGCAGUCUCAGCCAUCGCUUCAACUACAUCCUGGCGACCAUGGUCUCCAACCUGGAAAAAACAUUUACCAUCUCGCCUGCGAGCGAGCCACUGGACGGCCAGCUCCGACUGGUGCACUUUGGCGACGUCGGUGGUGCCAAGACCAUGGACAUUAUGAUGGCGGCCUACAACAAUGGCGCUCACAUCGGCAUGAGCUGGACAAAAGAAGCCGAGGGCAAGGAUGCCAAUGGCGAGGUAAAGGCGCAGACUGUGGAGAGCGUUGGAUAUGACGCCAUCGACGAGCUGCAGGUCGACGUGCUCGAGCAAGACGCACGCUGGCGGAAAGUAUGCAUCGACGGAACAAUCGUGGAGAUCCCACAAGGCGGGUGGAUGAAGGUGCGCAAGGCCUCGAAGCCUGUGCUUCAGGUCAUUGUGAAUACGCAAUGA